AAUGAGAAUUUUUUACAUUUCCUGCUACUUUAAUUUCUUUUACAUAGAAAUACUGGUUUUUAGAGCAUACUGUAGUAUGCUUUAAAAACAAGAUUUCAUUUCUUUAGUCAGAGUAGCCUUUUAUAGUUUUGAAAGGGGGAAAGUUAAAGUUCAAAAUUUGGGGGCAGUCUCUUGCUUAAGACUCCAAACUUGCAAUGCAGGGGGUUCAGGUUCUGUCCCUGGUCGGGGAACUAAGAUCCCAUAUGCCUCGAGGCAGGGCCAGGAAAAAAAAAAGUCUAAGUUAUCUUUAAAUGUCUAAAAGGGCCAAAUUUGAAUUUUUGUGGAACCCAGUCUAUGUGUGAUUUAAAUAUUCUUUAUGGUGUGUGAAUUUUUAAAAUUUCUGGUAGGAUUAAAGUGCUUGUAAACAAGAGUUUCCUGUGGUAGUUGCAUAUUCAAGUUUUCUUUGUCAUGUAAUGAUUUAAAGCCGAAUCCUGCUUAUUGAUAUGUAGUAUUCUAGAUUCAGAUUAAGCUGGCAAUUGAAAUUUAUGGAAAUUUAAAAAUUUACUCAGUCUUAGGCAUCUUUUGAGGUCUCUUUUGAGGCCUUACGUAAGUACUAAAAGUAGAAAAAGCUUUUUAUGCAGUGAAACUUAUCAGUGGUUGUUUGUAUUUAGUAAAAAGUGACUAGUGCUGUCCAUUAAAAGUAGGUGUCAAGUUUUGAAUAAAAGGAAGUUGCAGUGAAAAGGAAAAGGAACUGGCAGAAGAUUCUGGCGUGCAUUUUAUCUUUCAAAUACUAACUGGGUUAAGAGUGUAAUUUUCCUUCCUUAUAUCAGUGGAAAAAAAUCUUCCAGUUUAUUUCAAAACCUUCAGUGGAAGAGGGAGGAAGAACAGCGCUUGAAACAUGCAUUAAGAUACUGGCUGGCUUGUUUUUCCCAGUUAGCAAUGACCUCACCAAGGAGGUUGUCAGACACAUCCCGUCUGCUGUGCCACCUUUCCUGUUUCACACGUGGCACGCUAUUCGCCUUGGGUGCAGCUUUGUCUCGUUUGCUGGAUUAGACUUUUCUGAGCUUCAUUCAAAAGGAAUGUGAGUCGUUGAGUCCUAUAGGAAGUGGGUACAAAAGGGAAUCUGACCAUGGGCUGGGGAUCUGGAAUACGCUGCGAGUCGAAUUACCCUGCAGAUUUCAGACGAGCUCUGGUGUUCGGGACAAAGAAACACAGGUGUUGUGGCCGCGUCUGGCAGUGAGACUGAAGAUGAUGACAGCAUGGACAGUCCCCUGGACCUCUCCUCUUCUGCUGGCUCAGGCAAGAGAAGGCGGAGGGGCAACCUGCCCAAGGAAUCCGUUCAGAUUCUCCGCGAUUGGCUGUAUGAACACCGAUACAAUGCCUACCCCUCAGAGCAAGAAAAAGCGUUACUGUCCCAGCAAACACACUUAUCUACACUACAGGUCUGUAACUGGUUUAUCAACGCCCGGCGCAGGCUCCUCCCCGACAUGCUGAGAAAAGAUGGCAAAGAUCCAAAUCGGUUCACAAUUUCCCGCCGUGGGGCCAAGAUGACUGAAGCCAGCUCUGUAGAGUCAGCAGUGAGCAUUAGGAACCUCAUGCCAGCUCUAGAGGAGAGCCCGUUUCACUCCUGUACAGCUGGGCCCAACCCAGCCCUGGGGAGGCCACUGUCUCCUAAGCCGUCCUCCCCAGGAUCCAUUUUGGCUCGUCCAUCAGUGAUCUGUCAUACCACCGUGACUGCGUUAAAAGAUGUGCCUUUCUCUCUCUGCCAGUCAGUUGGUGUGGGACAAAACACAGAUAUACAGCAGAUGGCCAACAGCAGCUUUACAGACACCUCCCUCAUGUACGCAGAGGACUCCUGUAAAUCUGGACCAAGUGCAAACACACAGAGUGGUCUUUUCAACACUCCUCCCCCUACUCCACCGGACCUCAACCAAGAUUUCAGUGGCUUUCAGCUUCUGGUAGAUGUUGCACUCAAACAGGCUGCAGAGAUGGAGCUUCAGGCAAAACUUAUGGCUUAACCCCCCUUUUUUUUUCCGCAAGCAAAACAGUUCUCAAAAAAAAAAAUGUUAAUGAUUGCUGGGAUGAUAGCAAAAGAUGAAUUUGCAUUAUUUUAUAUAUUUUUUUAUUAAUAUUUGCACAUGGGAUUGCUAAAAUGAAGCUUCCUGUUACUGAAAUGUUGUCAGUGGAAUACAGUCAUUCCAAGAACUAUAAACUCAGAGCUACUGUAGAAACAAAGGGUUUUCUUUUUUUAAUGUUUCUUGGUAGAUUAUUCAUAAUGUGAGAUGGUUCCCAAGAUCAUGUGAUUUUUUUUUUUCCCCCCCUUCCCUUCCCUUUUUUUUUCGUUGGUGUUUUUUUCAGACUGUGCAAUACUUAGAGAACCUAUAGCAUCUUCUCAUUCCCAUGUGGAACAGGAUGCCCACAUACUGUCUAAUUAAUAAAUUUUCAAUUGUUUUUUCAAACAAGUAUGAAUCUAGUUGAUUGAUGCAUUUUUUUUCAUGACAUAAUAAAGUAUUUUCUUUAAAAA